CAGGCAUUUAAGCGCUGGAGUGUUCAAGCAUCCGAGCUCGAAAGACUUCGAAAGUUCCAGCGCAUGGCUUCCUCAACCAUUUGGAAGUCGGCUCAAGGCUGUUACUGCUCAGGGCUACCAGCCAAGCAGUAUGUGUGCGUUGCGCAGCCAUUUCUAUGCGGGGACACUUUGGAAAUGAGGAAUUUGACUUUGCUGUUCGAUCGUGCUCCGUUGUGGCGUCCAAGGUAACGGAAUGGUGCGAGUGCUGGAUCCCGUUCGCCAUGGCCGUGCUAUUCGCGACAGUGUCCCCUUCCCUUCGCAUGUCGUGACUGGAAAGGGCACGGCAUGCAUCUUCGAUGACUGCAAUCUGACAUGUCCCAACGACCAAGUAGUACUAAAGCCAGGCACGAAAGUGAAAGCACUGUCGAUUGGAGACGGCGCUUCUCUGGUGGAUGCAGCCUCGGUUGGCCGUGGGUGGAUCUGUGCGGAGCGCUUGAAAGCACUGCCCACGCUUGAAGCUGCCGAUUGCAAGUGCUGCGGAUUCAGCUUGCCUUCCAAUUACUUCCCGAGGGUAUCUCGUGACUGCUUGUACGAAAAGGGGCCUGCCAUGUGUCGUCUGUGCGAAUCUGCCGUGCUCGUUGCAAUGCAGCGCUCAGCAGCCGUGGACUCUUUUUUGGCACUCGCAGGUGGUUCAGAUUUCAAGCCAUGGGAAACCUUCAUACUUGCUAACGUGGGGAGUUUCACGGUAGAGAGUUCGACGUGCGACUAUUUUGGUCCUCACGGCCAAACAUGCGUUGAUGUAUGUUCCGCAGUAGCUGCCGUUGUUGCGUUCCAAUCUUGGCUAUGGUAUGUAACGUGUCGUACGCAGAAAGAGCUAACUCUGAGGGAGCGACCUUUGCGGUUGAUAGUUGGCACGAGGCUCAAGCCAGUGAUUAGUGAUGCUUCAACUCGCAGCUUUAGUUCAUAUCUGUCUUGCCCUUUCAGUAGCGAGCAACUUGAAACUUGGUGGUGCAAUGCAUCAACCCGUCCAUGCUGGGAACAGCCCGAGGUGAAGGGUGGCGCACUUUUGCCGAGAUACGCUGCAUGGUAUGUGCGCCCUGGAUGCAGCUGUGCUUAUGAUUUCAGCGGCACCCACUGGGCUCCACAGGACAUGCCUGAAUGGCUUCUCGAUAUUGAGGAUGCGGUCUGGAAAGAGCUUGUAGGACCUUGCGAUAGUGAUGAACUGGUGAAGCCCAACUCAUGCCUUCUGAAUUACUAUGCUAAUGGCACCCACUCGGUAGAUUGGCAUGCCGAUGAUGAACCGAUUUUCGAAGGAACGCUGCGUGAUUGUUGUAUAGUCAGCUUGUCAUUAGGAGCCACUCGGUACUUUGAUAUGCGUCGUCGUCGUAUUUGUGGGCCGCAGCGCGAGCAAGUGCGUGUGAAGCUUAAUGGUGGCGAUAUCAUCACCAUGGAGGGCAUGCUGCAGAAGCAUUGGCAGCAUCGCGUUCCCCGAGAGCCGGGAGUGGACGCCCCUCGCAUCAAUUUCACUUGGCGCACCAUCGUUGCACACCGCAGCGAAGAAGGGACGCGUUGCCCUUGCAGCGUGUGAGUGCCCGGGUCCCAGUCAGAGGUGAAGAAAGGCGAGGCAGAGAAUUUGCGUGCAUCCAGCGUGUGACGGUUUCUGCGUGUGUCAGUUGCCGUGUGUCGUCGUUUGUUGAUGCGCAUGGCGUUCCUUCGCAAACCGCUCCAUUAUUAGCAGCUGCCAACUAUUCCUCGAGUGUUCCGCCAA